AUGCCAGCCUGCGAGUACACAAUAUUCACUCACAUGGACCAUCACCACGACAACCCCUCAGUUUGGAAGAACCUAGGCCUGCCCCAGGUGUAUAAUAAUUCUGCCCAGAUAGUUCCAAACUACAUCGGAGAAGGAUCCGCAAAUGCUCCAGAGCGGUUCCCUGAGUUCUGGGGGGCGACGGAAGGAGACAGGAAAGAGCAGGCCCGGGUGCAGGGUUUGGUGUCAAGGGUUCCAUCCCUGACUGUCCUUCUCCGCCCCGCCCCCGGGGUCUCCAUUCCCCCUGCCCUGCCCCACUACUUUGAGUCGAGAAGUAGCUCGGAGCUCCAGGGUCCCCUCUCUAGAGCGGCCGCCCCCUCGGGCCUCUCCGGAACCCUCAAAGAGCCGAGUGAGGAAGCGAGGACCUGCCAGGGGCAGCAGAUCGCCGGCGGUGAAGAGGUAGAGCACCGGGUUGACGCUGGAGCUGAAGAAGGCCAAAGCCGUCGUUCCAGCUCUCGCCGCUUGGCCCGCCCCGCCGAGCCUCGCCAGGGCCCCUUCGGGCGGCGCCAGCGCGGCCACGGCCUGCAGAAUAUUGACCGCGUGGUAGGGCGCCCAGAGCAAGCCGAAGGCGAGCACGAUGGCGCUCACCAGCCGGCCCACCCGCGUGCCGUGCCGCCCGGUGCGCCAGCGGGUGCCCCGCAGCCGCGCCAGCGUCACGCUGUAGCAGCUGAGCACCAGCCCGAAGGGAAGCACGAAGGCCGUCAGAGUCUCGAGGCUCAGGUGCGCGGCGGCGUGGGCCGGCGACGGGUGGCACAGCUGGCACAGGUGGUCCCCCCAGAGGUGGCGGUAGACGGCGGCCGGCACGGCGAGCAGCAGCGCGGCAAGCCAGACGGCGAGCAGCAGGCGGCGGGCCAGGGCCGGACUGCGCAGCCGCGGUGCCAGGAAGGGGCGCGUGACGGCCAGGCAGCGCUGCAGGCUGAGCAGGCUGGUGAGCAGGACGCUGGCGUACAUGCUGAACGCGCACACGUAGUACACGGCCUUGCAGCCCGCCUGGCCCAGAGGCCAGGCCUGCCGCGUCAGGAAGGCCACGAAGAGCGGCGUGAGCAGCAGCACCGAGCCGUCGGCCAGCGCCAGGUGCAGCACGAGCGUGGCCGCCAGCGGUCGCCCCCGUGCGGGCCGCCAGCCCGCCAAGCUCCACACCACAAAGCCGUUGCCGGGCAGCCCCAGCAGUGCCGCCAGCAGAAGGAAGGCCGAGCCUGUGCCCCAGCACAGCAGAGAACCACCCAGCCCAGGACUCUCCUGCACCUUCCCGCCACCAUGGAGUACCUCUCCGCCCUCAACCCCAGCGGCCUGCUCAGGUCAGUAUCCAAUAUGAGCUCUGAGUUUGGCCGUAGGGUCUGGACCUCAGCUCCACCACCCCAGCGACCUUUCCGUGUCUGUGAUCACAAGCGGACCACCCGGAAAGGUCUGACAGCUGCCACCCGACAGGAACUGCUAGACAAGGCAUUGGAGACCCUGCUGCUGAGCGGAGUGCUGACACUGGUGCUAGAGGAGGACGGGACAGCCGUGGAGAGCGAGGACUUCUUCCAGCUGUUGGAGGAUGACACGUGCCUGAUGGUACUGGAGUCCGGGCAGAGCUGGAGCCCCAUCAGGAGCGGGGUGCUGUCUUAUGGUCUGGGCCGGGAGAAGCCCAAGCACAGCAAGGACAUCGCCCGCAUCACCUUCGACGUAUACAAGCAAAACCCUCGAGACCUUUUUGGCAGCCUGAACAUCAAAGCCACAUUCUACGGGCUCUACUCCAUGAGUUGUGACAUACAAGGACUCGGCCCAAAGAAAGUACUCAGGGAGCUCCUCCGAUGGAUCUCCGCUCUGCUGCAAGGCCUGGGCCAUAUACUGCUGGGAAUUUCCUCCACCCUUCGACAUGUGGUAGAAGGGGCUGAGCAGUGGCAGCUGCAGCGUCAGGGUCGCCUCCAUCGCUACUGAGAAGGGGCUCUGAGCUUCUGCCACUACUCAUUCCAAGAGACAGACUGUAAGGACUCUGACAACAUCAAGUUUGGGGACCCGCAGACUUGUACAGACAGUGCAGACCAGAUAACUUACCUGAUUCCCCCACUGUCCUCUGAUCCCAUUGUAACAGACCCCAUAAGCAUAAUGCCUUACACCCCUAGCCUAUGCCUAUUCCUGAAGAAUGCUGUCCCUGCCUAGCCAUCUCUCCAGCCUCCCACAUAGCCUGAAAGGCCACAAGCCUGGCCCCAGGCAUCUUGAUCCCACCCUGACUGCUGCUGCAUCUAGAUGUCCUUACAACUCUUCCUUUCCCUAAGCUCCCCAGUGCACUGAGGACAGCCCUCUCUGACUUUACCUUGACAUCUCUAUUUCUUUGAAACCUUCCCCCCAAAAAUAACAAACACACGUCCAAUAAAAAUAUAAAAAUGUUUAUCAA